AGAACCAGAGCCUAGAAAUAGUGCUGGGGCAGUCUUCCCAACUCAUUGUGUAAAAGCAGGCAACCAUGCCGGUACUAACCAAGCGCUACCCUAAAAACUGCCUUUUGGCCGUCGUGGACCGGUACUUGGCUGUGGUGUGCAACAUGGAGCAGGUGGUGAUGAUCCCCAGCCUUCUGCGGGAUGUGCAACUGGGUGGACAUGGCGGCCAGGCCCAGAUGGGGGCCCCUGAUCUCUACACCUACUUCACCAUGCUCAAGACCAUCCGGAUGGAUGUAGAACAUGGGCUCCUGCCUAGGGAGGAGUGGCAGGCCAAGGUGGUCGGUCGCAAAGCGGAUGAGGCUGGAAAGGAAGCUGCCGAGAUAGAGGAGGCCAAGGAAGAGGUCCCUGGGGAGCUGGACCUGGAAACCCAGUUCCAUGUGCACUUCUCCAGCCUCCAUCGCAUCCUUACUCACCUGACUGUGAAAGCUCAGGAAGUGACAAGAAAAUACCAGGAAAUGACGGGACAGGUCCUGUAGGCCUCCAACUCUAGGGAAGAUCACUUUACACGAGAGAAUGCAGACUGUGAUGAGGACUUGCAGCAGUGUGUCAGCCCUGAUUCCAGAAACACCUGGACCUGCAGCUGAAGUGAAGGCGACUUGUGUCUCUGGGAUGCUUCCCUACCUCCCUCUGAGCAUCAAUUUGUGACCUCCAGUCCUUGGCUCACCUUUAGGAUGUGUUGCUAUUCACAACUCCAUUUAAUCCUCUUACCAGCUCAGGGUGGUGGCCAGUGGUUCAUGAGGGAGUAGACAAAGUUAGUCUAGUAUGACACAGAAGAGCAGAGGUGUUAGCCUAUGACCAAAGUUCACUUCCCUCCACUUGGCAGUCAUCCACCCUGUGACCUCAGGCAUUAUUCACCCACUGGAGCCUAAGUAACCUCAUGUAUAAAAUGGGGACAACUUACCUCACAAAGUUACAAAAAUGAAACAAGAUGAAUCAAAAGAACCUGGUAUAUGAGAAAUUAUCAGAUUGUAAUAGACUGAUUUUUCUCCCACCUUCCCCUAUGUAUUUGCUUUAGUCCUUAACUGAGGUAGCAGGAGUCCCUCGGGAUGAGUACCUCACUGUUACGCCUGCCAACCACUGAUGAGGCUGAGCAAGAACUGUAAACCUAUUUAUUGCAGUAGCAAUAAAGAAAAAAUACCUUGUA